AUGAAUGAAGUUCCUAUGAUAUCCAUGUACAUGUUUUCAACUCCUUUGAGGAAAUACCGGUAUGAUUGCUGGAACCAUAUGAUGAAUUUCUUGAAAAAUUAUGAACUUACCACCUCCAACUUAAUAUUGAGUGGUUCAGAGUUACUAGAUGUUAACAGAAAGAGAAGUGGGGUUUUUGUUUGUUUGUUUUCUCUUUCUCUCUUCCUUUCAGUUGAGAGAAGAAGCUACUUCCAGCUUCCAAAAGAACACGAGGUUUCUGAGGAAAGCACACCGUAAAACCUUGGGCAGGUGGAUUCCGCAGGGGAGGAAAGUCUUGGGCGUGGACAGCCACAACGGGACCUACAGGCUGUGUGCUGCACCAGUGGCUGCUCCAUGGCUGACCUGAGUGCUCUUUGCUAAGACGAGAGCAGAUGCCCGAUGGGUGGCAGCGCUUUAGCACAUGGUUAAUCACAGUGUGUUGCUGCCCAGUGCCCUGACAUUAUGGAAUUUAAAUAAUAGCUUUUGGGUAGGCAAUCUUCCUUUCCUAAAAGUUGUGUA